GGACACCGUGACCGUCACCUUCCAAAUGGCAAUAAGAAAUGACCAGCAUAAUCAGCACGUUCAAUGGUCUACGAUUCUGAAUUCUGUCAACCGCAACCAUCAACGUGCUCCCCUUACUUUUUCCUACCGUUGCCCUCUCUUCUUGUCAGAACCAGUGCUUUUUUAGUGCAGCGGAGUGCAAAGAGAAAAAUAUUAUCACACUCAUCUCAUAGGUACCUUACAACGACGGCCGCAUUUCAGACUCGAUGUCCACGCUCUCACUUCCUAGGGAGCUGUCGACAAGCGGCGAGAGCGUCACCGGCGAGAAGCCGAUCACAUAUGGAAACCGGCUGGACGACUUGAUCCCGCCGCAUCUGAGACCCCGACCCGCCGCCAGAGCGCCGCACUGGCUCAUUCCCGACUUUGGCGAGUCGUCCACUACAAGAUCCCUGACGACCUCCGUCGACGAAACUUCUGUUGUAGGCAGUGUCACCACAGGCCCUGCACGCGAAGACCGUGGCCUGAAUCAGACUGUUGUCAGCUUCAACGCCUGGGGCCCGAACGGCGAGUUCGCUCGCAUGACCAAAACCCCGACCGUGGCUUCAGGUAGCACUCGCGCCACGGCUUGUCGCGAGCCCGAGAACAAGUGUAGAAGUGGUUGGGCCAAGGUGCCUACCCGCAAUCAGCUGCCCCAGCUGCCCGACUAUCUCAAAUACGACGUUCCGAUUGUCAACGACGAUGGCAAGGACUCUGACGGCCUCGAUCUUGAGUCAGAUGAUGGCAUCAGAACCCUCUGA